GAAGUUACUUGAAGAGGCUCCUCUACCUCCAAACAGAACCUUAAGAAACAUGGAAGGAUUGUUCAUCCAGUAUAAAGAAUCAGUGAAAUUAACUGAUCCUGAGAUAAAGCAAAGGAAUGAAACUAAAGAAUUGAUACAAAGUGACAUCAGGAAACUUUAUGCAAAUUCUAGCUUGGAAUUGUUUGGAUCAUCAGCCAACGGAUUUGGACACAGUAAGAGUGACCUUGACCUUUGUCUUAUAAUGGAAGAUGAUGAACAAACUGAUAAAGUCCAAAUAAUAGAAGAUUUGGUGGAAUCUCUCAAAGCUGACGUUAAAUACAGGCGAGUAGUUGGUAUCAAGACAGCAAGGGUCCCAAUAGUUAAACUGACCAUUAGCAGAUGUAACAUUGAUGCUGACAUCAGUCUGUUGAACAGUCUGGCACUCCACAACACUAACAUGUUAGCUGCUUAUAACGAUAUAGACGAGAGACUCCAGACACUGGGUUUCAUACUGAAGUACUUUGCUAAAGUGUGUGAUAUGUGUGAUGCUAGUUCUGGUAGUAUCUCUUCAUAUGCUUUCAUUAUUAUGAUGAUCCAUUACCUACAGCAGCUACCAAUACCUGUUUUACCAGUUCUACAACAGUUAGGUGAUAGAUCCGUUGGGCCAGUAGUUAAUGGUUGGAAUUGUUAUUAUUUUAAAGACAUCAGGAAUUUAUAUGAGGUAUGGAAACCAGUUGAGAGGAACAGGAUGAGUGUAGCUGAGCUAUGGAUUGGAUUUCUGAAAUAUUAUGCUAUGGAUUUUGAUUGGUUGACUGAUGUGGUAACAAUUAAACAAUUGGACAAGUUAACAAAGUUUAAGAAAUGGUGGACAUCAAAGCACGUGGCAAUUGAAGAUCCUUUUAACUUGGAGCAUAACCUCGGACAGGCUGUAUCUGGCAGAAUGAGGACUUACAUGUUGAUGAGGUUUCAAAGAGCUUACAAACAUCACACGAAACCCAAGCACUGGAAGCACCUGGAUGAAUUAAUUAAUGAAUUUGUAUUAUGUGGUAAAUUCAAAGCUCCCAAGUUUUUGAUUUGUGAUAAGUGCAACUCCAGAGGACACAGAGCAGAGUCUUGUAGUACCACCAGUACAGGAGGAGAGAGAGGGAAGGAGAGAAAUAAUAAACAACAGCAGCAGCAGCAACACCAACAACAGAAACAGGAACAGAAAGAGAAACAUGAAGAUAAACAGGAACCAGAGGAUGCAGUUAUGAGAGGAGGGGGAGGAAGGAGAGACAGGGGGACAGGAAGGAAGGGGAGAGAAAGGAAGCAUGGUGAUGACCCAGAAAGAAAUGAUGCAUUAAAACGUGUAUUGGCUAUUACAAGGAAUGGCUCUAUUGAAGAAUUAAAGAGAUUGAAGCAACGUUUAAGACCAUUGGUGUAUGAUAAACGUAGAAAUGGGACCAUACAACACAAGAUUGAACUGUCUGUUGUUAACGAACUACUCAAGAAACAUGAAGCCACACCCACUGGAGGAACCACACCCAUUGUUAGAACCACACCCACUGGAGGAGCUACACCCACCAGUACUAGUUCUGGUUUCAUUCCAGUACCAGUUUCAGCAGUUUAUUCAUCUCAUUCCCUCGGUGUAUUACCGUACAAUGUCAGACCCCCUCCUUUACUAGCCACACCCCCUCCAUUACUAGCCCCACCCCCUCCAACUGACACACCUUCAAGACUACAUUUACUCUCCAGUCGUCCGUACAAACAUUGAAAAUAUUUAUUAUUACUGUUGUUAAUUAUUUUUUGUUAUUUAGAAAAACAAAUUAUUAUUUGAACUGAA